GAAAAAGGGUAUACUAGCCCUCACGCCGACACCUGUUGAUAUGGCCGGCGGCGGCUGGUCCUCCUUCCCCGGCGAUCUCCUCAAAGAGGUCUUCGCCCGGCUGUCCUCGGACGCCGACCACCUCCACAUCCACCAGGUAUGCGCCCACUGGCGAGCUUUCACCUCUCUCCUAGCCGCCUGCCGCCCAUGGAUCCUCGCCGGCCGCGGGGGUCGGACAGGACUGGAACCAAUCGGCGAGUACUUCCUCCGCCUCCCUCGUGGCGACGCACGGCGAUUGGAAGUCGGCGCUCCUCCGUCCGGCCUCCCCUACUGCUGCGGCACGUCUCGGGGUUGGCUGGCCCUGGUGGACGAUGAUCUAUCCCCAACGCGGCUCGUGCUGUUGGAGCCUCUCUCCGGCACCGAGACCCCCCUCCCGUGUCUGAGUCCCCUCACCCGCAUCUUCGUCUCCGACGAUCCACUCGCAUCGUCGGACUGGAUUGCUAUCGCCGCUCAGAUAAAAGGUUCGAUAGGGCAGAAGACUCUCAUCUGGCGCCCCGGAGAUGCUACCUGGACCGUGAUGAACGAGCGAGGUACAAGCGCGAUCGACACCAUCGCGUUCCAUGAUGGAAAAGCAUACUACAUUGACAUUCAGAGAAACAUUGUUAUCUGUGAUCUGAACACUGGAUCUGAUCCUUCUCCCAAGUGUACUCCAAUCUUCUAUGCUUCCUUUGCAGUGAACAAGCUCUGCAGGUGCCACAGGCUUCACCCCGCGUGCGGGGUACACCUGGCUGUGUGCAAUGGCGAGCUGCUGCUUGUGGUGUUGUACUGGGGAAGCCAUCCGUGGCCGGCUGAAGUCUACAGACCAGUUUGGACGCCAAACUGUUGGUGGAGAGUGUCUCCGGGACGGACGGACACUAUAACAGUAAGGGACAAGCACACAAUUCAAGUAGUAAAUAUUCUCUCUCUAUUCAAUGUCCCCAUCAAUGAACAUUACAUGGGGUAUUUAUAGGUGGCGUUACACCUCCCAUGUACAAUUACUCUUCUACACCCUUACAACAGUAAUAUUUCCUAAUACAAGUUGAGUGCGCCACAGCUCAGACAGGCCCACAACUCCAGCUAAUCCUCUUCGGCCUUCUCGACGAUGACCACGUGGCCUGUCGCUUACUCCUCGCCGAUUCUUGCAUCGUCCGGUCUUCGCUCGUCUUCGGCUUCCGACCCGAAAACGGGCGAGGGCUACGUGGCUCGUUGCUCACUCCGCCGUGACGCUCCCGUCCACCGGUCCUCGCGAGUCUUCGUCUUACGAUCCGAAGACAAGCGAAGGCGGAAACGUCCUGUGUACACUCCCGAGGUCCUCGCGCAUCUUCGUCUUCCUACCCGAAGAUGAGCGAAGGCGGGAAUCUCCUGUGUUCACUCCCGAUGUCGGCUUCAAUAUUCUUGCACCCUGUCUUCGCGAACC